AUGGGAACUGUAUGGCUCAAUGACCAAACCAUCGUCGCAGAUCACGCCUACUUGACCGCCUCCUUCAGCAGACUACAAUGCAUGAGGCAGAGUAAGGCAGCGAUAAUUGGCACUGAAUAUAGCGCUUACACAAGGGUGUGUCGAGAUCAACAAUUAAUCAGUACUUCCAUAAAGCUGAAAGAGUUGAUCCCCAAGUUAGCGCAAUGCAAAAGGAUAGCGAUUAGACGUGUUUUGAACCUGCAACUGCUAAAGAUCAACUGGUUCUUUGAAGAAAAUUUUGCCUUAUAUUUUCAGGUCAAACUAACUUUCUAUGGGUUGGACGCUCUGAAACUGACGGAAGUACGAGAACAGCAAGACUAUCUCUGGGUGGCACCUGAACACAUCCGCGACCAUGCGCUUCGACCGACUAAGGAAGGAGACCUAUACAGUUUCGCCAUUGUCUGUUCGGAGAUAAUCACUAAGAAAUCUGCAUGGGAUCUUGAAAAUCUCGACUAUGACCUAGAUGGUAUGUUAUGA